AGCUGCACAGGGCUGCCUGGCUCGCGCGCCCGAGGCCCGCGUCGCCCCCGCCCCGGGCCGGCUGCUGCGCUGGGGGCCUUGCCCGCCCCCCGCCGCGUACUGGCGUCAUGUGGGCUCCCCGCGUGUCACGUGACUCGCUCGCAGCUGGCUCGGUCCCGGGGAGCUGCUGCUGCCCUGGAGCGCUGCGGUGCCCGGCUCCCCCCGCUGGCCCGGCCCGCGCGCGCCAUGGAGCUUUACAUCCCGUCCUUCCGCUACGAGGAGAGCGAGCUGGAGCGGGGGUACACGGUCUUUAAGAUAGAGGUGCUGAUGAGUGGAAGAAAACAUUUUGUCGAAAAGAGGUAUAGUGAAUUUCAUGCCCUCCAUAAAAAGCUGAAGAGGUUUAUUAGAACACCGGAAAUCCCUUCCAAGCACGUGAGGAACUGGGUCCCUAAGGUCCUGGAACAGCGGCGACAAGGCUUGGAAAUGUACUUACAGACUAUCAUUUUAGAAAAUGAAGAUCUCCCCAAAAUAUUUCUAGACUUCCUGAAUGUUCGGCAUGUCCCUUCUCUGCCGAAAGCAGAAAGUUAUGGUUCAUUUGAUGAAACAGAAUCUGAAGAAUCAAGCAAACUGUCCCACCAGCCUGUGCUGCUGUUCCUAAGGGAUCCAUAUGUCUUGCCUGCAGCCAACGAUGACUUUCCAAAUGUAGUUAUUGAAGGAGUUCUCCAUGGGAUAUUUUAUCCUCAUCUACUGCCCAGGUAGAAGUGGUGCGUGGAUAGAAGAAAUUAAAGCAAGUCUUGUCAAGGAAAUUUACAUAACACAAUUCUGUGAUGUGAUACCAAUUCUAAGAGGCAAAAGUCACCACCUUAGUUUAAUUUCAUACGUUAUAGCUUUUAAAAUCAGUGGCACUACAGUUUGUGCUUUUAAAAAAAAAAUAGAUAAGCUGAAAACCUGUUUCCAUAUUUAAACUAAUGUAUAUACAUACUCUAAUAUUUAAUACUAAAGGAUGACAGUCAUACACUGAAUUACACUAAUCUUUGAAAAGAAUUAAAAGCUUUACUAAUAUUGCUUUUUUUUUUUUAUUACAAAUUACACUAAUCCUUUUUUACAUUAGUCCCAGUGCAUUACCCAUUGCUGGCAAGGAAUGCAUUGAAAGUGCUGGCACUGAAGACAGUAAGAGAGAGACUACAAAGUAAUUUUAAAAAAUGCAGUUGCUUAACUGGAAAUUAAAUGCAACUUAAAGUAUUGUAUUAGUAUUCUAAAGGUAAAUAUUUCAAAUCUAAACCUUAAUGUUUAGGUAGAACAGUGUCAAGUUCUGUGUGAGAGGGAGUUUCCACCUUCUGCAAUGUAGCUUUGUUUCAGGAUGUUGGUUGUAGAAAACUCCUAUGGCAUUCUAACCACCUGACGUUUGGCAUGACAUUUAUGGUAACAACCUCAUUCAGUUGUUACUUCUAGUGUGUGUUUAAUUUCCAAGCCAAUUUACACUCUGUGUUUAAUAUCUUAUAUUUUGCGAACCACAGUUUACACCACCUUUUGGUGAGGUCAAGCAAGGAUAUAAUUUACUACUAAAAUAACUAAAAAUUGAUUAUGUGUUCAGAUGAACUUGAAAUUUGUUAUGUCCAUUACUGGAUAUUGCACUGUAAAAUAAACUACUAGAACAUGCAUACAGGAGCAUAUGAACUGUGAAUGUAUCAUUUGUACUCAUUUCUAGUCUAAAGGGUACAUUUCAAAGCUUCUUACUACAGCUAUUUCUCCCACAACUUCCCCCCGCCCCCAAACACUGGAAGAGUGAGAAAAUGUUUAACCUCAUUAUUAGCAAUUUUCAGCACCAUCCCCUUGAUAUGUUAAGUUUAUACAGAAAUGUGUCUUGAACAUCACAUUAUUCAGUUCUGCUGUAUUGCUGCUUCAUUAAUAUAAUAUAUAAAUAAUUCAUAGGGCUAACUGGAGUAAAGGACUUUUCAGCACAAGUCGUCAUGGCAGAAUUGGGCCCUAACAUAGCAGUGUAGUCCUGAGGGAGCAAUAGUGCCUCCUCCAAACAUUAAACUGAUUUUGAAGCUGUUUUGAUGAUUGAUGAGACAGUGCAAGAUUUGGGACUUAGAUAUGUGCAAAGCUGUCACUUUCUACCAGGCUUGAAAAUAUAAUCUGAAAUCAGGCUAUUGGCUAUUCAUAAAUACAAGUAUAAGUCCUAUGAAGCACCUUGUGCAUCUCAAAUUGAGAAUUUACUCUUAACUGUGAUCCAAACGAUCUCUCCUGUGACGUGAAUCACAGAUAUAUAAAAGAAUCAUCAGUGGCUGUAGUACGUACUGAACUGUCAGUACUCCUCAUGAGCACAGAACUUAGCAGCUUCUGAUUUAGAGACAAAAGUAUUACCUGCUAUGCCAUACUGAUAAUUUUGUAUCUUGAUUCAUUCUUUCUGUUAAAGUAGAUUUACAGCACAGCUUACAAGACAUUUGUAUCUUACGAUUAAAACUAGGGCUGUCAAUUCCCAUUAACUGGAAACAAAUGAAUGCAAUUAAAAAAAAAUAUUGUAA